AUGUCAUUCCCUGCAGACCGUGACCAAUUAGUGGAUGCUGCCUUGCAGAUCAUUGACUCCAGUGUCGACAAUGAAGCUAUCUUUGAUGAGGCUUGUUCCUUAUCAAAGAUGAUCAAACUUCAGUGUGAUGGAUCACAGGUGACAGAUCUGGAGAUUUCAGCAGUAAACAACUUUCUGUCAGUGACAUGCCAGGAGCAUCAGAGACAGUCUCGAUGUGGCGGAGGAGAUGUUCUUCCGAUACCCACUUUAGCUAAGCAGAUUAUUGAGCUGUCCAAAAGUUGCUCACAGAGUAACGGCCCAUUGUUGACUCCCGAUGUUAGG